AUGGAUCUCACUGCAUUAUUAUUAAACCCAAGAUCUAAAGAGGUUUCUACGAUCUUAUCGAGAAACGACCGCCGGAUUAUAUACCCGACUUGUUCACGACACCUGAAACCAUCAAUCCAAACCCGUUUGCUAUGGAAAGGUACUGGAAAGAUACAUGAAAGCAAUAAAACCAAUUCCCAGCGGGAGACGGGGAAAUAUCGGCGGACUUUUUUGUUCAGGAUAUAUGGCAGAACUCCUCAGCUUUGGCGGACUCAAGCGGCCUACAAUCGCCACCAUCGGCAGUGGAACCUAGGAAAGGAUAUGAAUUGGCCCAAAUUGAUAUUUCAAGACUCUAACAUCGGACAAAAUUCUCAGAAGCGGUUUUGGUGGGAUGAAAGAGCCCGUGCACGGCAGAGGAUGGAACAAAUCAAGAAGGAGAUAGAGGCCGAUCCUUAUGGAGUGCUGUUUGGAAGGAGGCUGGAGCCUUUCAGCGCUUUGAAUAAAUUUGAAGACGUUUUUGCAUCUUUCUAUCGUUCGCUUUUCGGUCUCGACAAGGCUGAAAACUUCCGAUCCUUCGACACGACAGCGCAUAGGAAGACAGCCAAACAUGCCUCUGCAGAGGUUCCCAAAAAAGAUAGUCAGUUCAAACAACCAGUGGCUGAUAGUACUGCAAGCUCCCUACAGGAAUUCAAUACGGAUAAUCUCGAGUUUGACCCUAUCAGUGGCCGCAUGGUACCAAAGGGAUCGAGUGUCAUUGAUGUGCCUGAAGAGAAAGGGAAUGUCAAAGACGCAAGCCCAGCAAAUGUGCCUGCCAAGAAUUCCGAAUCGUACAACGAACGCACUGGUUACCUGUCCUCCAUUGAUCGGCCGGAUGCCAUAUCGCAGUUUCAAACAUCAGACGCUGAGACUCCCGGGUAUUCCUGCAACUCCGGGACUUCGCGGGAGAAAGUAAAGUUGGUGUUGGGGCCAGAGGACAAUAAAGGAUUAAAGGAAUCCCACAAAGAUCAAGCAACGAGGGAAAGUGAAUUAUCUGAGCCUCGAGAGGUGUGGAGAGAGAACCCGAUCGAGACGUCAAAUAAUGAAUUUGACGAACACAAACCACUUCGGUCUAUGAACAAGGAUACGAGCCAUGACAAGUGCGAUGGAAAUGAAAGCUUCGUACCCCCACACCUGGGCUUUAAUGCUAAGAUUGAUCCGGUGUGGACGAACUCUUCAAUUUGCGAUUCUUCGCAGCAUACGGAGACAAUGAGAGAGGAGAACGAGAAAGCGGAGGAUUUGGAUAUCUUGAACGCCAGCGACAUCCGCUCUAGUUAUAUUUCUAAAAGGUUCAAUACAAGUCCGGAGUCACAAAAGCGAAUACGCGAGGAUUUGGAUGAUGCCUUUGAUGCAUAUGUUGACCCGGCCAGCGACAUCGAUAUCAAACGUGUCCGGGGAAGAUACAAACAUCUCGAGUCUAAACAACAGCUGGAUGGAGCAACCACCGGAACUGAAGGCUCAAAUGUGGAGUCAUUCAAAGAAUCCCAUCCAAACAGCAAACGCGAAAAUGCAGGGCCUCCAAAGCAAUUUGAGCUGUCACAUAGCAUGCAACAAUUACCCCCAGAAAGCACCUCAUGUACCGAAUCGUACUGUGUUCUUGCAUACGAUCCUUCCACUCAUGAAGUGACGCAAGCAGAGGCAAUGUCAUCAUUGCAGAAAGCGAGUGAAACACCUCAUCCUAGCGAGGUUCUCUCCCGACUAAACAAUCUAUCCAAGUUUUUGCCAUAUUUCGCAAAACUGAAUUCUGAUGGCUAUGAGAUCGUGUCUGGCAGUGGUGACGUGCUUGUAUUCAGGAAAGUGCUCGAUACUGGGAACUACGAUACUGGCUCUUCUCUUGAACAACUUGCAAAACAGGAGCAAGAAGUCAAAGCAUAUGUAAGAAACGAGCCCCUCUUAGAUGAGGAGUCUGUGGAGAGAUCAGGUCUAUUCUUGGGACAACGUCCCGAGCAAGAAAUCAACGCUUCUAGCCCCCCCAGACCGCUAGGGAGGCCUUCUGCGUCUGAUGAAGAAUCCUUUCCGAAGACUCAAACUACUCCCAAUGGCAGGUCUAGAAUCGGUCAAGUUUUGCGCAGAAUGUUCAUUAGCGGCGUUGCCACAGCGGCAACGUGUUAUGCUCUAGGUGUUGUGGGUGAAUAUUUUCGCACGGGUGGUCAAGAUGGACUAGGUAUCGAUGCGUUCACCGAGUUUGAGUCGGAAAGACGACGGAGAGAGGCCCCGUAG